AUGACAAGCCAGUACAAUCGAGAGCUCACGAGGUUCAUGUCGUUUAAAGACGGCGUCACGUACAGCAACGAUCGCGUCUUCACGACAGCAGAGCUUCUUCAAGUAACACCUGGCCAUUUGUGCCACUGGAUGCACCAACAAGCGUACGGUGACCCCGAACCAACUGAAGACAUGAAGCCCGUCUAUUGGCACUCAAUGACGCAGCGAUAG